AUGAGUGUUGGAGGAGGCUCAUCUGGACAGAACUUCUGCUCGAGUAAUGCGGGAUUCUCCGGAACGCCGCUGUGGAAGCUGAAGCAGCAGGGACAGCUGCCGAACCAGUGGCGAGAGCAUGAAGAGGCGAAAGAACUCCAGGCGAAGGAGUUGCGCGAGGAAGAGGAGGCAGCCGCGACACUGCGAGUUGCCGUGGAUGCCGUCAGCUUGGGGAGGGUGGAUCUCAACCUGGUCCGCCACAUCGUCGUCAAGGAUCUGAGGAAAGCGGCGGCCAGAUCCAAGAUUGCCUUGCCUACGGGAGGCCUCUUUGAGAACAAGGCACCUCUGCAGCUCUUUGCUCUCUUCGAUGGACAGUCAGCAGCAGAGGGACCCGGGCCCAUGGCCGCCGAGUGCUGUGCCAAGGCGCUACAGCCUAAGCUGCUGCGGAACAUGUCCGUCAUACCCCAGGGCUACGAGAACGCCACCUUCAUCAAGGCCUGCCUGAAGAAGGCCUUCGAGGACCUCGACAAGGAAGUUCUCCGGAAUCACCCUGGCGUUUCCGACGGCUGCGGUGGUGCCGUGGCACUCUUGGUGGGAGAGAAGCUCUUUACGGCCGUUUGCGGCUCCUGCGAGCUUACCUUGCUCGAAGCCGGACCGCGGAAAGGCAACAAGCAGGACACCUGCAAGGCCGUGAACAUGGGCGUAAACCAGGGUCACUUCAAGGUUCCGGAGGAUCAGAAGUUUCUCCAAGACAAUGGUGGAAUGGUCUUUCCUGGAGAGGGCGGAAAGCUGAUGACCAGCAACCCGCAAGGAGCAACAACAGCAGUGUCCAGGUCCAUAGGAGACCGGGCAUGGAAGGGAUCCAUGGGAGGCAUGCCUGGUAGCUUGAAGUUCCUGAGAAGCGUCCCUGAGACCAGACACACAGAUGUCUCGUGGGCCGAUCGGCACAUCGCCUUGGUCCUGAGCUCCACGCCCGUUCCAGCCGCCAUACCAAGUGCACAGGUUGCCCUGACGAUCUCCGACUUUGAGUACAAGCCGCGAGCAGCCAGCGGCGACAUCGCUCACCGCGCUGCCCUGGCGCCCCAGAAUGCCAAUGCGCAGUGCACGACCAUCGUGGUCUACUUCGUCCCCAAGGACGACCGCGCUGUCAUGGAGCCAGCAGCCAAGAGAGCCAAGAAGGACAGUCCGCAGCCCUUCUGUCUCAUAGAAAAUCUUUGUCAUAGUGGGGUAACAUUUUACAUGUUAUUUGUACUUAAGCCCAAGAAGGAAUAG